AGGCGGGAAUGGUGGAAGGGUUGUGUGCCAGAGUGAAAGGAAAGCACAGAACACAAAUAGGAAAACACACAAAUAGGAAAACACACAAAUAGUAAAACACCAAAUUCAUCCUCUGUUCUUUUCUAUAGGAUUUCCUCCCAAAAUCGGAAUGAACAAUGGAUUAUGGGGGAAGAGUCGCCAAAGAAUAAAGUCAAGUUCCUCUGCAGUCACGGCGGAAAGGUCCUUCCGCGACCCUCCGAUGGAGUCCUCAAGUACGUCGGCGGAGAGACUCGCGUUGUUUCCGUGCCUCGUGACAUCACCUUCUCUGAGCUCAUGAAGAAGCUGAGUAGCAUGUUCGACGGAGACAUGGUGCUCAAGUACCAGCUGGUCCCGGAAGAUCUGGACGCGUUGGUGUCGGUUAGAGCGGAGGAAGAUCUGAAGCACAUGAUUGAGGAACACGAUCGCCACCAAACAGGUUUGCUCCGUGCUUUCCUGUUUCCUCCAAAGCCAGUAGUAGUAGAAAACACGCCGCCAACAGAGGCUUAUCUGUUGGAGCAGCGUUACAUAGAUGCCAUUAAUGGCAUCGUACGAACGAGCUCAAUAGGGAAGGGCUCUGCUUGUUCUACGCCUAAAUCCACCUCUCCAGAUGCUGCACCCAGUGCUGCAGAAUCCCCAUUCCUUGCUUCAGCUUCUUCUCGGCUUGCAAUGCAAAGAGUGAGAAGCUCUCCUAGCCUAACAAACCUAAACGACCACACGCAUCAUCACCAGCACGCUCUUGGUUAUACCUCUUCUACGUCUAGACCCCCACAAGAUCCUCAAGCGGGGAUUGGGCUGGGGAGGCCCAUUCCCUUGGGCGGAAGUAGUAGUAGGGGUGCUGGGGGUUCCGCUUUUAACUAUUAUUACUCGCCCUCCCCCGCCAGACCCCACAACAAAGCCUAUGCAUACCAAGACGACACUGCCUAUGGUGGCCAUCUUAUGGUCGAAAGAGUUCAUAGCGUGCCUCGGAGUCCUAUUAGGUCUAUAUGGGAGUAACCCCACCAACAUCCUUCUCUACCCAUUUCUGUAUAUAUAUCAUUCCUUCCGCAUCAAUGCUUUUUGUACAUAAACAUUUGUAGCAAUUUAGACAAAUAAUAUAAUAGAGAU